AGCUAUUGCUACUCAACAAGUGGUUCGUGGAAAGAGUUGAGUUGUGAGAGACAAAUAGCUGUGAUUGAGUCACAUUUCGCGCCCUUUUUUUUUUUUUUACUAUAUCUUAGAAGAAGAAAAAAAAUUACUUUUUAUUCAAGGAAAUGUUAAUGAAAGUUUUGGUUCAUGCUGAAAUUAUUUUCUGAUAGCUGCUUUUUUGGCGUUUCACUUGGUCAGACAAUCCCGGCUGUAAAGAGACUUCACCUGCGCCGGAUUUGUUUGACCUGAUUAGACUAGUUUGGCCACUAUUAAUUGGCUGCAUUACGCAUUGAGACUCCACUGUGUAUCAUGAUGUACAGCAUGAUGGAGCAUGAAAUGAAGACCGCGGGUCAACCCCAUUCUUUCCAGCACAGUCCAGGGAUGUCUCCUGCGGUCAGCGGGGUUGGAUCAAAAACGGUCUGUCCACCCGGCGGCGACCCUAUGGACAAAGUGAAGCGUCCCAUGAAUGCGUUUAUGGUGUGGUCGCGGGGUCAGCGGAGAAAAAUGGCACAGGAAAACCCCAAAAUGCACAACUCCGAGAUAAGCAAACGCCUCGGGGCGGAAUGGAAACUUAUGACGGACGUGGAGAAGCGACCAUUCAUCGACGAGGCCAAACGAUUGCGCGCCGUACACAUGAAGGAAUAUCCCGAUUAUAAAUAUAAACCUCGGCGCAAGACUAAACCUCUCCUCAAGAGGGACACUCUAGUAGGCAAAUAUCCACUCGCGGCCGGCAACAUGUUGGCAUCCGCCGUGGCCCAGGGACAAGUUGGGAGCCCGAGAAUGGACAGUUAUGGCUGGGGUCAUACAGGUGCUUAUAUGGGCAUGCAGGGGGAAACUCUGGGUUACCCGCCGCAACUGCACCGCUACGAACUGUCAGCUCUUCAGUACCCCUCAGCACAGACAUACAUGAACGGCGUCAGCUCUUACAGCCAAAUGUCCUAUACUGGCAGCCAUCAGCAGCCCAGUCCAGUGAUGUCUAUGGUUAAACCUGAACCCUUAUCCCAUUCCCCUAGUGGAGCACCAAACCACCAUCGUGGGGGUUUUCAAGGGGAACUGAGGGACAUGAUCAGCAUGUAUAUUCCAGGGGGUGACAACAGUGAUGGCUCAAACCAGAGGGCUUACCCUGGUGUCCAGCAGCACUAUCUUGGUGGAACUGUUCCCCUCACUCACAUCUGAAGUUUGAGAAACUAGCUGGACACUUUCAGGGACCAUUGUGCCACAUAUAGCCUUUAUGGAUUACUGAUGGAUGAUUGGAAUGCUUUUGGUCAUUUGCUACCUCCCUUGAAGUAUGCUGAACCUUUUAUAGAAAAUGUAGAUGUACUGUUUUCUCACUGUCUUUCACACUUCAUUUCACAAUUUCUCAUGAUGGACGUUGUCAGUUUGCCUUUUUUUUUAUUUUAAAUGCACACUUUUUUUUUUUUUAUGAAUGUGUAUUAGCACAGAGUUGCCCUUUGUUCUCAAACUAAUAUUGGGUUUUGUUGUGCUCUGUGUCAUUUUGAACACUAGCUGUUUAUGCAGCUGUGGGCAAUCAUGAUCAGAAAUCUAACUUUGGUAAGGAACAGGGCAGAACAUUGGGCACUCCUAAAACAGGUCGGCCAGUUAUGAUCGCAAUGGCCAGUGACAUACAGUCCAUGUGAGGAGUGUGAGAACUAGCUUUGUUUGUGAUUCCUGAUUUCCCUUGUAUGCCUAAACCUGCUUGACCCAUCAUCCACUACAUACUGUGCCAAGUUGACCUUUUUAAAGUAGAGUUGUUGUUUUUUUUUUUUAAAAACACACUGUAUUGGAUGUGACUUAUUUUGGACAAUCUCAGGUUUUUCUUCACAGAAAUGGAGGGAGGAUGACAGCAGCUGUAACAUUGCUGCCUCUAUUUGUCAUUUCAUUUAGCUGUCACUAACUGCUUUUUAAGUUUUCCUCUUAACUGAUGGAUCAUUUUAUUCACCAUAUUAGUGUGAGCAUGCUUCAGGUUUGUGAAUUCUGUUGUAGUCUCCAAGGAAAUUGCACUCUUAUAAUGUUCUUUUCAAAAUGCUAAAUGUAGUGUGUGGGUUUUUUUUUUUAAAAAAACAUUUCAGCCUUUCCAUCUUCUGGGUCAAACUGAUCCUCUGAAGGCACUGAUCUUCACUCUGUCAAUGCACUUCAUUAGACUAGGCUAUUUAGAAUAUUUAUAGACCAUUAGACCGUUUAAUCUGGUCUUUCUCAUUCUGACAUGGCAUUAAGCACAACUUUAAUGUUCUUCAAUGGAGAACACUUGACUGAAAUUAUUUGAGGAGCAUGGAUUUUGUUCUACUGUGGUCUUGGUAAUUCCUCAAGUCCUUGCAGCAAAACGUUUAAAAUGCUUAUGUCAAAGUCUUUGAAUUUGUUUUAAAAUCUGUAAAUUGUAUUAAUGGCAGUCAAUAAUAUAGUUUUUUCAGUCUGUGUAGGACCAUUUUAAAGCAGCUAGUUACUAAUGUUUUUGUCAGUUCUGUGGUAAUUUAAGAAUGAAAUGCAUGUUUACAUUGCCAUCAAAGUAAGUUUACAGAUUGUGGUUUAAAUUUUAAGACACUUUAAGUGGUUUUAAUCUAGGUUAUACAUGGCUUUAAUUUUUUGAACUGUGUGUGUAUAUUUCUUGAUUUGUGUGGCUCUUAUAAGGGCCAAUUUUACAUAAUUGCAACAAAACCCAAAAUAAAAAUGAUAUCAAUGACACAUCUCUGGUCU